AUGAGGAGAGGCCCGGUCCUGUGGAAUAUACGGCAUGAGGGGAUGAAGGACUUGCGCUGCAUGAGCUUUACGAGCAAAGGGGCGAGCGAGAUUCUGGUGGCCGGGUGGCAGGACACCAUGUUUGUUAUCGACGUGGUCAAGGGAGAGGUCACAAAACAAGUGCCGGCGCCACACCACUACAAAAUCAUGAAGAGGGGAAGGUAUAUCUGUGCUGCGACCGAGACGGGGCGGAUCGACAUUGUGAACCCGACGACGUUCAAGGUGGAGAAGGAGUGGCAGGCGCAUCAAAGCUACAUCAACGAUAUGGAUGCGUCGGGGGAUUAUAUCGUCACUUGUGGGGGAUCAUACAAGCAGCAAGGGCCGGGUUCGUCAAGCAGGGUGCCGGAUCCUUAUGUCAAUGUGUAUGACUUGAGGAACAUGACGUCGAUACAACCGAUGCCAUUCCCUCCCUUGGCCGCAUAUGUGCGGCUGCAUCCGAGGAUGCUGACAACGACUAUUGUUUCGUCGCAACAGGGGCAGAUGCAUGUGGUGGAUAUUAUGAAUCCAAACACCACGAAUAUCAGGUAUGCGCAUCUGCAGGCGUCGAUCAACCUGUUCGAGAUCGCGUCGUCAGGGAGAGCGCUGGUCAUUGCGGACAAUGACAGGAAUAUUGCGCUUUGGGGGUCGCCGUCAGACGGGAUACAGUUUACUAACAUCGGGGCGCCGAUCACGUUUCCUGAACCCGAGGAGCCGGCGCCGCAUGUUGACUGGAGUGUUGAUGCUCCUUUGAGCACCGUGGGAAUGCCAUAUUACUACGGGACAAUGCUGUUCUCUGCCUGGCCGGCCGACAUCAUCUCAGAUGCUGGCGCUCCACCACCACAGGUCGACCCGGCCUUGCUCGCCACCUUGAACAAGACAGAGUUUGGAUACUUUGGUCCCAACAAAACAGGUCUUCGACGCAAUCAGAUCGAAGACACGCGGGCUUCCAAAGCAUCCAACAAGUUGCAAGCACCAAAGUUCUUGAGCGAAAGAGCAAGAGAUGGCCCGGUGACAGACAGUCAUGUUGAUCAGGAAACAUUGGCCCAAGAUGCCGCAGAGAGCCUGAAGCCGGAACCGCCACCCAUCUACGGCACACUGGAGAUCAAGUACAGCCGGUUUGGCGUUGACGAUUUCGACUUUGGCUUCUUCAACAAGACAAAAUAUGCCGGUCUCGAGAAUCAAAUCCCGAAUUCGUACGCCAAUUCUUUGCUGCAGGUCAUGAACUACACCCCUCUUAUCCGCAACAUGGCCCUUCAGCACGUUGCCACCUCGUGCGUCACAGACCUCUGCCUCCUGUGCGAGCUUGGGUUUGUCUUUGACAUGCUCCAAAAGGCAGACGGCCUGACGUGUCAUGCCACGAAUCUUUUCAAAACUAUUACUGGUAGAAGCGAAUCACAGCCUCUGGACCUUCUCGAAGAAGAUCUUCACAGCCACCGGGUAUCUUCGACCACGGGCGGAGCUCAGCCAGGUCCUGCCCCCCAUACGAGGGUACAGAACUUGUGCAGGUUUCUCAUGGACAAGACGACGGUUGAGUACCAGAGCAUUCAGCCCAUCUCCACCGCGUUGGAGCGGACGCUGUUGAAGCUGCCCGACCCUCCAAGCCCGAAGGAAUUGACGUCAAAACUACUAACCACCUCUGCGGUUGUCAGAAUCAACUGCACAAACUGCCGGACGGAAACGGCAAGGUCGGGAGAUGCUCAAGUCAUUGAUCUCAUUUACCCCCCUCCAAGAACGGCGAUUAGGAAUGCCAGGGCGCCUCGGACGACGUUCUCCCAGGUGCUCAAGAUGGGAGUGGAAAAGGAGCUGGGCACGAAGGGCUGGUGCGGCAACUGCAAGCGGUACCAGAGUUUGCAGCUGCGCAAGACUGUCGAGAGCGUUCCGGCGGUUCUGACCAUCAACACUAUGAUUGUGCAGGAGAACCGCAAGCUCUGGGCCACGCCGGGGUGGCUACCGGAGGAAAUCGGCGUCAUAGUGAGCGGCGGGCAGUUUUUCUGCUACGAAGGCGAGGACCUGAGAGUUCACUUGCAACGGGGCGCGCACGAGAUCACGGUGUACUCGCUGAUGGGCAUGGUGGUGAACAUUGAGCACCCGCCACCGCAGAAGCCGCACCUGGUAGCCAUGGUCAACGUGGCGCACUCGGAGCCGACAGCGCCGGCGGAGAGCAAGUGGCACUUGUUCAAUGACUUUUCCGUCAGGAGGGUGUCGAGCGCCGAGGCGCUGACGUUCAACGCGGCGUGGAAGCUGCCGAGCGUGUUGAUGUACCAGAUCAAGCAGGCGAACAACAAGAGCAACAUGGAGUGGAAGACGAGGCUGGACACGUCGAUUCUGUACAAGGACCUCGGGCCGCCGCCGCCGCCGCAGCAGCAGCAGCAGCAUUCGGACGAGAAAAAGACGUACCGGCUGCUGGACGAGGCGACGGAGAGGCCGGGGCCGGGGACGAUUGUGGGGUUGGACACGGAGUAUGUCUCGCUGAAGGACCAGGAGAUCCAGAUCAACUCCAACGGGGAGAAGGAGAUGCUUCGGCCGAUGUGGCUGGCGCUGGGUCGGGUGAGCGUGAUCAGGGCGCGGGGGGAGAGGGAGGGGGAGGCGUUUAUUGACGACUGGAUCACCAUCAGGGAGCCGGUGCACGAUUAUUUGACACAGUACUCUGGCAUCACGGCCGGGGAUCUGGACAGCAGGACGAGCAAGCACACGCUUGUGACGCUCAAGACGGCGUACAGGAAGAUUUGGACGUUGCUGAACCUGGGGGUGACGUUCCUGGGGCAUGGGUUGAGGCAGGAUUUCAGGGUGAUGAAUAUCCAUGUGCCGAGGGCGCAGGUGAUUGACACGGCCGUCAUCUAUCACUUGUCGGCCUGGAGGAGGGUGCUGAGCCUGAGUGUGCUGUCGAGGGUGGUGCUGAAGCAGAAGAUUCAGCAGGGGCAGCAUGAUUCUGUGGAGGAUGCGCAGGCUGCGUUGAGGUUGUAUAAAAAGUAUCAGGAGUACGUGGAUGCCGGGUUGUGGGAGAGGGAGAUUGAGCAGAUUUACUUGAGGUGUAAGGCUAUCGGGUUCAAUGCCAAGUUUGAAGGGUCGGGGGAUGGUAUCAUGGGAGGGGGAGGGAUGGUGAAGAGGACGGAUACGCCUCCUGUUGGGGGGGCUGUUGGGGCGGCGGAUGGGGUGGCUGGGCCGACGACGCCUGUCCGUAAGGCGGCGGUGUUGGGGACGGCGGGGAGUGUUGGGAUGGUGGGUUCGGGAGGGUUCGGGAGUGGUGGUGGUGGUGGUGGUGGUGGUACUUUUACGCCUACGAAGGAGGGCAGUACUGGGUCGCCUAGGAGAUAG